UGUAAAGAAGCAUAGAUAACUAUUUGGGAUUUGGGGUUUGGCACACCCAUUUCCGUUAUCACUUAUCACUGUCGCCAAUAUCAUCGCCCUCAUUCCUCAUACAUAUAUAUUCAACUAUUCAUCAAUCUUAAUUCAAGUCCUGUGUUUGUUUUUGUCUCAUUAGAUACAACUCUGUGUUCUCCGAUCAUCAGUGAAAACCAUGGGAAAGGACAGGAAAGUGGGAGUAGCAAUGGACUUCUCAAAGAGCAGCAAGAAUGCUCUGAAAUGGGCACUUGACAACUUGGCUGAUAAAGGUGACACUUUCUAUAUCAUCCACAUCAACCCUAAUUCUCCUGAUGAAUCUCGUAACCAGCUUUGGCUCAAAGAUGGUUCUCCUCUGAUUCCUUUGACGGAGUUUAGAGAGCAAGAGAUUAUGAACAAGUAUGCAGUUCAAACUGAUAUUGAGGUUCUUGAUUUGCUUGACACUGCUGCAAGACAAAAAGAGGUGAACAUUGUUGCAAAAAUUUAUUGGGGUGAUGCAAGAGAGAAACUUCUGGAUUCUAUUGAAGAUCUGAAACUGGACUCAAUUGUACUGGGAAGCAGGGGACUUAGCACAAUCCAAAGGAUAAUAUUGGGAAGUGUUAGCAACUUUGUGAUGACACAUGCCCCAUGCCCUGUUACCAUUGUCAAGGAUUCAAGCACCACCAAGUAGUGUAUACAUAUGAUGAUCAAUUUGUUGGGAGAGCAUUUCAGUAAUCUUUAUCUUUAUCUAGCUUUAUAUGACUAUAUACUAUACUCUUUCUAUAUUUAUGUUCUUUGUAUUGUGGCUUCAGUGUUGAGAAUUGAGAAUAAGGUAUUAUUUUAUAUUUUCCAUAUUAUCAAAAGUAUAAUGUAAUUUGAGGAGACAUAUUAGGGAUUAUAUGUCUUUGGAUUCUCAUUUGUGACGGGAGUUAUGGCGAGAUUGUGACUUUUUGUCGUUUGGUUGUUA